UUUGUGUGUGACUAAAAAUUUAUAAAGAUCACGACAUCGCUGCACUGGACCAAAUAUUUACUUCAUAAUUGCAUUUUUGACUUGAAUACACAAAAAUUUCCUAAAUAAUAAGUAACUAUGUUCUGGCAUAGAAUAAUGUGUGUAUUUUUGGCACUUACGGCUAGUGUCGCCUAUGGGGAAUUGGUGAUUGGCCAGGACGAUCUCAUCGAGGAGCUUGCGGGUCUUUUCACGAUAGAAGGGAAAAUAUUUUCACCAGAGACGCAAAACAAAGGCCAAUCCGAAACUUCGUUAUCCAUCAAUGGCGGAGAAUACAAGGGGUUUUUGAGGGAUGAUGGCACAUUUAUCGUAAGCAGUGUACCGUCUGGAAGUUAUGUUUUAGAAGUACACAAUCCGGACUACUAUUAUGAGCCUAUUCGUGUAGAAAUUAACCCGAAAGGUAAAUUCCGUGCUAGGAAGGUAAAUUAUAUACAGCCUUCGCAGAUCAUACAAGUGCCAUACCCAUUGAAAAUGAAGGCAUUAACCCGCUUUAAAUACUUCCAGACACGUGAGCAAUGGAAGAUAACGGAUUUCUUAUUCAGCCCAAUGGUUUUAAUGAUGGUGUUACCCCUUUUGGUAAUGCUUGUUCUACCAAAGAUGAUCAAUGAUCCAGAAACAAAGAAGGAAAUUGAGAAUAUUCAAUUCCCGAAAGUGAGCAACGAGAUGCCAGAAAUCAGCGAAAUGAUUACAUCAUUUUUCUCAGGUGGUAAGCCACCAGAAAAAGAAAAGAAACCAAUUUCAUCAAAACAAAACAAAAAACGUAAUUAAUACGAAAUAUCUUUUAGUGCUUAUACUCGUAUAAGCACUGGUUUUAUUACUGAUCUAAAUAAAGGAGUUAGUAGAAAUUA